UCAAACUGAAACGUUCAGUGGAACGCAAGUGUGUUUCCCGGUAAAUCAGUCGUUUUUUCCGUUGUCCUCACUCUUGGAUCUGCGAAGUGCGAUAUUCUUUGUGAACAAAUUUCAUUCCUAUUAAGAUACUCAAUUUGUUGUGUAAGAAAGUGUUACAAACAGGUCGCCCAUUGCUUGCUGUGUGUGCCCGCGUCGAUCUGCGCAAGAAGAAAAGUCAUACAAGAGCUGCGGUGUUGGAUUAUUUGCAAGAAGGUUUUAAGUUAAUAAUUCGUCUCGCGGCCACUUCAUUACCAUCCACUCCACCACAAUGUCCAGCAACGCCGAAGCUACUGAAAUCCGUUGCCAGGAGAAGUCGAAGGGUGGCCUGUGCUACGAAGUGAUCCUGGCCGAGCCGGCCGUGAACGUGGCGCUGCCGAAGAUACCGCCCGCGCCGGGCAAGAACGUGUCGGCCGAGGAGAUCGAGGAGAAGCUGAAGGCCGCGGAGGAGCGCCGGCUGUCGCUCGAGGCGAAGAAGAUGGCGGACUGGUCGGCCAAGAUGGCCAAGAUCGAGGAGGCGAGCCGCAAGAAGGACGAGCUGGACAAGGAGUUCAAGACGCACGCCAAGGAGGUGCUGCACACCAAGAUGGAGCAGUACGAGGAAAAGCGGGAACAGCAGAUUACGGAAAUCAAAGAGAAGCUAAAGAUGCACGCUGCCGAUAUCGAAAAAACACGACAGAGCUUGGAGCAGCAGAAGGUCGAGGAGCUGCAGAAACAUCUGGAGGAAAAGCUGCGAAACGCUGCCUCGCUGCGCGAUGAUAACAUCAAGAAAAUUCUCGACAGACUAAAGGAGCACAACACAGAUAAGUUGAAUGAGGUACGCGCCACCGUCGACCAGAUCGAGGCGCUAAAGACCACCGAAAAGACGCGCAUCAUCGAAAACAAGCUGUCCACCGCCGAGCAGAACCGCGAAAAGGAGCUGCAGAAGAAAUUGGAAAACAUUCGCAAGCACGAACGACGUGCGGAGCUGGUCCGUCAGAACAAGGCGGCCCUGGCGCAAAAGACCGACGUCACGGCAUCAUCCGGUUAAAGAGGAAGAUGGAGGAGCUAACGGGCGAGAAGAGUUCUGUACGGACGGGAUCUAGUGUGGAACACUUAGAGUAUAAAAGAACACAAACGGAAACCGAAGAGAAAUGUUUGAUGAACUAUGAAGAACUGUUGAACACUCUGGCGUAGUGUGGUGGCCGGCCAUUGGUAAUGAAGAUGUGGGGCCUCUGCCACGAAGCAGGGGACACUGUUCUAUGAGGUCCUGAUAUUAUUUUGAUCCUUUGAACCGACCCAACUUUGGGCGAUUACCGCUAUAGUAGAAUUUUGUGGAAUCCAAACAAGAACUUAAAAGGCUCACUAAAUCAAAAGAAAGUCAACUAAGAAAAGUACUCUGAAGAGAAAAGAGAGCGCAGCCAUAUGUGAACGCCAAUGACCUGUUUAUCAAAUUAAGUAAAGAGCAUUAAAAAAAAGAAGCAUGAAGAAAGAAUGCAAAAAUAAUAAUCAAGAACCAACUGAUGAUAACCGAACACUUAGCAUAUUAUUAAACAACAUAAACUAUUGAGCAAACUAACGUGCGCAUUGAACCAGGUAGAUAGUUAGAUAACGAACAUCAUCUUACAAGAUCCACGUUUCCGUGGGAGGGAAAAGAGUGCAGGAGGCAGCAUUGAUUUCAAACAAAAAGACCACACAUUUUUUAAAUUAUAUUUUAACGGAUAUUCCCUUGCAUAUGCUGCGCAAUGUCGUGCCCAUGUAGAAGCAAACGGGGUGGCGGUCGCGGCAUGCGACGAGAGGGCAAACAACUGAAACAUCAUCUGAAGUAGAGUACUAACACGUUCCUUAAGCAUAUGCUUUGCACGGAAAAGCCCGCCCAAUGUGAGCAAAAGCAAACAACAACGCAUUUAGCAAAAACCAGCACAAAACCGAUGGGACGCUGUUCAACAAAUUAACUCGCACUACCGUGUGAGGUCCUUUAUGAAAGGUUCAAAUUAAUAUACAAGACGUGGACACGCGCAAAAUUGCACAUAAUCCUCUCUGGCAUUGGAAUUGCAUUAUAUUUAGGACGGCGACUAUUGCGCGGCGGCAGGAAAGAGGCUCGUCGUAACGCGGAACGGCAUCAGCAAAGGAUGCGCGACGCACCGAAGAAAUAGAGCGAACCCCCAAAACGGCCGGUGGAACCUGGUUUUUUUUUUGUAGGAAGAGAACUAACAGAGCAAGCAAGCACACAUAUACAAGCUACUGAAUGCAGCUACUAACAGACGGUAGGGGUUAGAACGAAAAAGAAGCUAAAAAAUAAAUAAAUUAACAUACAAACAAACAAACAAAAACCACACACAACACUAAAUGAAAACAAAAAUAAGUAUUUACCCACUCCCACUUCCUCCUUUUUCUCACUACAUAACAAAAAAAAAAGGUAUAGAAACAAAAGUAUAUAUGCAUAUGAUAGUGGUACAUCUAAAGGGCUAUGUUUGCGCUGAACAGCUUCAGGAGGCCGGUAAAGGGGUUUGGUGUAGCGUUGUGGUAUCAUUCCAGUUCACGAUCGAUCAAUAUUAUUUUUCAGUAUUUUCAAUGCACUUCAAAAAAAAAAUUGGAAAUAAAUCCAUCAUUUUGUUACACAGGGACUUUAAACAGGAUGAAAAGAAAAAUAGCUCACCUUUUCCACCCGAGCUGUGACACUGGCCCCUUUAACAUCGGAUCAGUGGUGUGUGUGUGUGUGUGGCAUAAAUUUGUUACAAUGUCAUAGAAUUCCAAUGAACCAAUGUAUCCGAAGUUUUGUCUAGAUAGAUGUUCUUAUUAAAUGUUGAUCGGGCGCACGCCUCUCUAUGAUGUGGUGGACUUGCGGGUGGUAUAAUUGCUCGACUGGUGGAACACAAAUUUGUUUACUGCUUGUCUCAGCCCAGAAGUGAAACGGAGGAAGAUCAUAUAAAUCAGAGGUCCAGCGAGAGUGAGGGAUGUUGCGAAAAGAAUUGAAUAAACCCGUGGAAAAGUGAGACCAGAAACGAGAUCCGAAUUGAAUGAUGCAAGAGAAAGAACAACUCACACUAACUAUCUACACUAACACCAAUCGACGGAUGAUGGUCCGGUUGAAGAUGAUGCCCAAUGUUGGGGAAAAAUAAUAAUUUUUCCCAAAUUUUUCUGUUUCCGCACCCAAUAAACAAAACACACAGACUACCAACUCAAGCACUAGGUAAGGUAAACAAAAAACCAAAAGCACACAAACGAACAGGGAAAAAGGUCAAUGGCGUGUAGCGGGGUUGAGAAAAUAUUUGGAAUAGCUCGAAGCAAGGGAAAAAAUUAAAAACUAAACCAGUUUGGAUAGCAGCAAAUGAUAUUCGAUCAAAAAAAAAGGACGCACUUAAACAGCUUAACAACUGAGCUGCGAAAAAAAGAACAUUUAAACGUAGUGAAAGCAAGAGGAAAGGGGGGAAAAGAUGAAAGUGAACCAGCAAAAAAAGCAAGCAAGCAAAACAACAAAAAAAUGCAUUAUACAUAUAUCGCCUCUGUGCCCGCUAUUUUUACAUUUAUUCUUACGCCGACGAACGGAUGAAAAAUCCAAACAAGCAAACAAAAAAAAAAGAAAAUUAGUAAAGGCAAAACGAUCAACUUAGAAUCUGUGAAAGGAUGAAUUAAAAAUGCUAGUUUAUUA